GGAGAGAGAAACACGGAAGAGUUCAUUCAAGGCGUUUGGGGAUCCUCGCGGACACACGUACACGAGUUUCUCCCGGUAAACAUGCUCCGGUGACGCUUCUCCAAUGCGUCCUCGCGUUUUACUCUCAUUCGCCGCGGUUUUAAGUGGAGAUGUCUGGGAGCACUUUACUGCAUGGACUGGUUCUCUUAUAUUCAAUUCACCCGCUCGUGCUCACCGAAAAACCGGAUGAUGGCUGUGGUCAUUAUGUCCUUGGUCAAGAGAGUGGUGUCUUGUCCUCCAAGAACUACCCAGGAACUUACCCCAACAACUCCUGGUGUGAAUGGCGGAUCCACGUACCAAUUGGCCACACUAUUGUCCUUAAGUUUGGAGACCUGAACAUGGAGAAGAAGGACUGCGAGUCUGACUAUUUGAAGGUUCUGAAAGGAUCGUAUGGGGCAGAAAAUGUUUACUGGGAGUACUGUGGUGGUCUGAUGCCCAAGCCUACACAGAUUCACACAGACUCCAGUGAACUGACCGUCCGCUUUCGCAGCAGCCAGCACAUCUCUGGAAGAGGAUUUCUGCUUUCAUACUCCACUGAAAACCACAAAGAGCUGCUGACAUGCUUGGACAGAGGCAGUCAUUUCCCAGCAGCAAAGUACAGGAAGUACUGUCCAGUCGGAUGUGCAGCGGUGACGGGAGACGUGUCUGGGGACAUUUCCCUGGGCUACAGACAUACAUCAGUUUUGUGUAAAGCAGCGGUGCAUGCUGGGGUCAUCAUGGACCAGUUUGGAGGACCAAUCACAGUGGAGGAGCGCCGAGGGCUCAGUCAUUACCCUGCGGUCAGAGCCAACGACAUCCAGUCAAAAGAUGGCUCGUUGUCUGAAACCCUCUUCACAUUUGUGACAAAUGAUUGCAGCCAACAGACUGUUCUUCAACCUGUGAGCACUUCUACAAGCUUGUCGUCACACAAUAUCUCCUCUGUUGGGUCUGAAGUCGACUGGAUUCCUAAUAGCACCCAACCAGGUGUUGCUGAUGACCUUAACAAUAACCAACCAAAAUGGCUCCAGAUUGACCUCGGAGAAAAGAGGAGGAUCACCGGUAUUCUGACCACAGGCUUGACCAUCGCAGGCUUUGAAUAUUUUGUAAAAAACUACAAGAUCGAGUAUAAAGAGAGGAGUCGCUGGCGAACAUUUGUCCAGUAUAAUAACUCUGAUGAAAUGAUCUUUGAAGGAAAUACUGACAGCCUCCACCAAACACGCAACACCUUCCAUCCCUACAUCGUAGCACGCAGUAUUCGAGUCGUACCUCAACAGUGGCACCGGAUAAUCGCUAUGAGAUUGCAGCUACUGGGCUGUCCUUACGUUAAACCCAUCCCAGUGAAUUCAUCAUCUACGGUAACACAGGAGGCCCGGCCUACACAGUCCAUUCACAGUGACAUGACCAAACCAGUGGCCUCUCAGGCCGAUUUUGUUAAUCUGGUCAUAAUAAUUGUGCCAACCAUUCUGCUUGUGGUCCUGCUCCUUGUGGGAAUCUGCGUGGUUAAAAUGCUAUACAAUAAGAAGACAAAGGAGAACACGUAUGGCUCUGCGGAGACACAUACAGCUGAGUACCAGCAGCCUCUCAUGCUCGGCACAGACACGGUGUCCCGAAAAGGCUCGACGUUCAGACCCAUGGACAUUGAGGACAAAGACAUCGAGGCUACUUCUCACUACGACCACCUGCAGACGGGCAUCCAGUACGCCCUGCCACUGACCAAUCAGGAGCCAGAGUACGCCACGCCCAUCAUCGAGCGCCACGCCUUCCGCAAAGAUCCCUUCCUUCCGGAUCCCAGCUACAGCGUCCCAGGCGUGGUACUAAACAAAAGCCCGUCGUUUCGAGCGGUGAAGGGCAGUAACUGUAGAAAAGUGAUCGGAGGGCUUGCCGGGAGCUACCAAACGCCCCACGUCAAAACGGACAGGGGGAAUUACCCAGAGGACAUCUACGACAGCCCUAAAAUCCUGAAACCCGUCAUGCAGAACGGGAGUUGCUCGGAGUACCAGAGAACCCAGAUUAAAUCCCCAGUUCGAGAGUGCUAUUCCACUCCCAGAGACUGCGUCAGAUUGCCUUUCUCCGGACUCAGACCGGACCCGGAGGGCAGCAGCUCCGAAGGAAGCUGAGAAGAACCACACUGUGAUGUGCCUGAUUUACCUGACUCAACA